AUGCCGUGGAUGUUUGUGGAACGUGAAGCUCCUCCAUUGCCGGAAUGGCUUCUCUUGCGAAACAAUAUGUUCGAAGAAUCAUGGCAGCAAAGUAUAAUUGACUUGAAGAACCAGCCCCGAGAGGGCAUCAAGGUUAUUAUCGAAAUUGACGGCAGGUCUGAACGUGUUGUCGAUGCCACAUCCUGGCUGUCAACUCCGAAGUCCUUGAUGGCAUAUGUACCAGAGGAGCUACGCAACACUGCACUCAUCGCAAAAAUCAAUGGCAGAAAGUACUGGGAUCUUAAACGGCCCCUCCAGGAGGACUGCAGCGUUGCAUUCUUAGGGUGGGAUCAGCCUGAGGGACAGCAAGCAUUAUGGCGCUCGUGUGCCAGCUGUCUAGCUGAGCUUUGUGAGCAAGAGUUUCAAUGUGUCAUCGCCGACACCAUGACCACGACCCAAGGCUUUUUCUGUGAGAUGUCGAUCCCGGAUGGUCGCGGCAUCUCAGAGACUGACCGUGAAUUACUUACACUACGAAUGAUUCAGGUCUUGCAGAAACCACGGGGAUUCGACCGAUUAGAGCUCCCCAAAAAGACUCUUCAACGGAUGUUUGCGAGCAACAAAUACCGUCUACACGCGAUCAACAGGAUGGCUGAAGACCAAACAGCCAUCGUUUAUCGGUUGGGGACUCAUGUCGACCUGGCAUAUGGCCCGCACAUUCCGGACAUAUCUCUCAUCAAGGCAUUUAGAGCAACACAGGGCUCUUCUGCGUACUUUUUGGGCGACCAAAACGAAGACUCUCUACAACGAGUCCGGGGUAUCGCAUUCCCACAAAAGGGUCUAAUGGAUCAACACCUACAAACUCUGGCUAAAGCACAAAGCGAAGACCACGUCAAAUUGGGAAAGCAACAACAACUUUUCUUAACCCACGAACUCUCCCCCGGAUCUCCCUUCUUACUUCCACAUGGAGUACGGAUCUUCAACGCGCUGCAAAAGUUGCUGCGAGUUGAAUAUCACACAAGAGGGUACCAAGAGGUACAAACACCUAAUAUGUACGACGCUUCUCUGUGGAAAACCUCCGGCCACUGGGCACAUUACAAAGAGGAUAUGUUCCGCUUCAACCUUGGGAAAAAAGAAUGGGCGCUCAAACCCAUGAACUGCCCGGGUCACUUCCUCUUAUUUACAAGCCGAGACCGGAGUUUCCGGGAAUUACCAUUGCGCUAUGCUGACUUUGGUGUUUUGCAUCGGAAUGAGGCCUCCGGGGCCCUCCACGGCUUAACGCGAGUCAGAAAGUUCCAGCAGGACGAUGCACACAUCAUUUGUCGACCGGACCAGAUUGUAUCCGAGGUUGAGGCAAUCUUUGAUCUCCUAAACAGCCUUUACGGACUCUUUGGUUUCACAUACAAAUUAGCACUCUCUACGCGUCCUGCUAAAUUCCUGGGCAACAUCGAGACUUGGAAUGAAGCCGAGGAUCAGCUCCGCGAGGCAAUCACUCGAUUUAAAGGUGAUGAUUGGACUGUGAACCCUGGUGAUGGGGCGUUCUACGGACCCAAGAUCGACAUCACAAUCGCUGACGCAUUGAAACGCGAGCUACAAUGUGCUACAAUUCAACUCGAUUACCAAGCUCCGAUCAACUUCAACAUGAAGUAUACUACGGACAAGGUCGGACAGGGCAUCGCCCGACCUGUCGUCAUUCAUCGCGCGAUAUUUGGAAGCUUCGAGCGCUUUCUAGGCAUACUUAUCGAACAUUUCGCGGGAAAGUGGCCAUUCUGGCUAAGCCCGCGACAAGUACUGGUUGUGCCAGUUUCGAAGGCUCAACAUGAGUACGCAAAAGAACUUGAGCGGACUCUGCAGGGCGAGAAAAUGCAUGUUGAUCUGGAUCUCCGAGAUCAUACGCUCAACAAGAAGAUACUACGUGGGCAACAGGAGAAAUACAAUUUCAUCUUUGUUGUCGGACCCACAGAAGAGAAGACUCGGACAGUUAAUAUUCGCGAUCGCGAUGAUCCCGAAUCACAGCACAGAGGUACACCGGUGGCUGUCGAUGAGGUGCGAGUCAUGUUGAAAGAUCUCAGAAAACAACGAAGACUCGCAAACACCCUUUAAGGUACCCGUGGACACAUUAUAUGUCUUACGUGAGCUAUUUUGUUCUUCCAAAGUACUGGAUUUAUACGCCUGUUAUGACUAGCAAAUUUCUCUCUCGUGUGCGAACUAUAUAAAAAAACAAAUUAGACUGGCCUUUUACCUACACCGAGUACUCUGUAGAACGCCUAGACUUCUUACUCGCGAACUUGCUAUCGUAUCGAAGCCUUAGCGAAGCAGGAACUUCA